AAUAUACAGAAGAGGACGACAAGGCUCUUGGCGAACCUGAUAAACAGUUUUAUAUGGCAGUGGACAUUAGAUCUGUGAAUAAUGACCGUUACCAUGAUCCCGUGUACUAUCCAUUGGAACGAUUUGCUUUCGAAUACCGGCUGGAGAUCGCCCAAAUGAAUGAAAUCAGCUUUCUUCUUCCACCUUCACCACCUCUUACGCAAUACGAUGAUUUAAGCGAAAAGCAAUUCUGUACUAAAGAAACAACCUUCAGAACAAAGAACUGCACCGCCGAAUAUUGCGAAUGUACACAGAUUAUUGAGGUCGACCUGGGUGAUGUCGUGGAGUUAAUCGUGGUAAAUGAAGCCUCGAUCAUUCCUCUCAGCCAUUCAAUACAUCUACACGGAUAUCACUUUCGAUUUAUCGGAAAAGGGAAGAUUGGAGAUACGACUACGGUUGAAGAGGUGAAAGCAAUGGACAAAGCAGGUUAGUUAUUCCAUAUUUCUACUGGAGGUUCGGGCAGA